AUCGCUACGGUCACUUCUUGAGAUCAAUACAGAGAAGUGAUCAGAUUUAAAGUCCAGUUCGCGGGUGCGUGCUAAGGCGCGCGGGGUGAGGUAUGGCGCAACCACCAGCAUUCCUAAGUGAUGAUGUCGUUGCAGGUCUGCUCAGGUACGAUGACCUCAUACCCCCACUAGAAGUUGCCUUGGGAAAGUUUUCGCGACACGAUAGUUCAGAAGUGGCCCAGCCAGUGAGAUCGGUGGUCCCUAUACAGAACCACAAUGGAUUUUUGGGGCUUAUGCCUGCAUAUAUUGCAUAUGAAAGCAUUUUGUGCACGAAGAUGGUGGCGUUCUACAAACGUGAGGAAGGUUCAGUAUUACCAUCCAUCCAGGCCAGUGUGUUGCUCUUUGACCCUGAGCAUGGUAAUAUCACAGCGGUUAUGGAUGGGUUAGAAAUCACAAAUAAAAGAACAGCAGCAGUUUCCGCCAUAUCAGCUAAACUGCUGAUGCCGCCUCAGUCAAAUGUACUGGGCAUCCUAGGUUCUGGCCAGCAGGCCUUAAGCCAUUAUGAAGCAUUCACCCACCUCUUUUCAUUUAAAGAGGUCCGUGUGUGGAGUAGGAGAAGGGAAAUGGCAGAGCGAUUUUCUGCUGCUGUUCAGGACCCCAUCACUGUGUGCUCUUCUGUCAGAGAAGCUGUGGAUGGAGCUGAUGUCAUAGUUACUGUCACCAGUUCAAGUGAACCAGUGCUCUUUGGGGAAUGGGUUAAACCAGGUGCCCAUGUUGCAGCGGUUGGGGCUUGCCGACCAGACUGGAGAGAACUGGAUAACGAUUUGAUGAGAGAGGCUGUAAUCUAUGUUGACAGCAGAGAGGGAGCUGCUAUGGAGUCAGGAGACAUAAUUCUGUCUGGGGCAAAAGUGUUUGCUGAACUUGGAGAAAUUAUAAAUGGAACUCUGCCUGCCCUGUGUGAGAGGACCACAGUAUUCAAGUCACUGGGGAUGGGAAUACAAGAUGCAGUUGCUGCUAAGAUUGUGUUUGAUAAGUGGAAGAACAAACCGUGAAAUACACUGAAUUCAGCUCUGAAGACCCAGUUGCCAGCUUUCAGUAAAAUAUUCUUUAAAAGGUCAUAAAACACCCUUUAUGAUUGUGAAAAUGAGUACUCGUGUUUCUGUGAAUCAAGACUUUUGUGUCAAGUCACUUAAAUAUGACAUUCUAUUUUAGAGGCAACUUAGCUGAAAUACAGUAAAACAAAUCAGACACUUUACUAUCAGAGUAAGAGAAUUUAUAAACAUUGUGUUCAGAAUUAAACUUAUUUGUGGUCCAA